AUGUCAUCUAUCUUAACUAAUCCACUUUAUCGUCCUCUAUUAGAGGCUCUUAGAUCUGCUAGAAAUGGAAUUGUUUAUGGUGGUAAAAUUAGAUUUCUGCAUGCUUUGGUCAUUAAUUUACUUUAUAGAUCAGGUCCUAUAUUACCUAGGCUUAAACCAGUAUUAAAAGCAACUAAAAAUCAUGCUGAAGUAUUGGCAGCUUUUGCUAUGAUUUAUAAAAUAGCUGUUAAAUUAUUAAUUCAACCUACAUUAUUAGGACCAGGAAAUACAAGAUUAGCUAAAUUCAUAGGGGGAGCAUUUGGUGCUUGGAUAGUUUAUAGUCAACAUUUUCCAUAUUUUCAUCCUGGUAUAACUCAUCAAAUUACACUUUACUGUUAUUCAAGAGUACUGUUAGCAGUUGGGAAAAUAUUAUUAGAUUAUUAUUUACAAUCUAGACAACCAAUGUUUAGAAAUUCUAAAGGUGAUGUACUAUUAUUUAAUGAUUUAACAUCAAAACAACAACUAAAGUUAAAGAAUGCUAUCUACGGUCGAUCUUGGAAAUAUUUCGCUGUAUUAGUUUGGGCUCUAGUAAUGUUUAUUUAUGAUUAUCAACCUCAAUAUUUACAAAGUUCAUUAAGACAUAGUAUGGCUUAUAUAUAUGAUGUUGAACUUGAUUCCUGGAGUAGUUGGUGGGAAUUCUUAGGAAUAUGA